AUGAACGACGCGCUCCUCGACGACAUGGAGCGAGCUGAGGCCGAGGGCGAGUACGACCCCCACGCUGCGUACCGCCCGCUCCUCGGGCCCGACGCUGCCCCGCUGAAGAACCGAUCGCGCUCGGCCGAAGACGCGGACGCGCUCUGGGCCGAGCUGCACGGCCAGCCGCCCGCGGCCGAAGCGUCGCCGAUAUCGCUAAACCUCUUCAAGUUUGGCUCGCCACUGCGCAACAACAUCCGCCCGCCGACGUACGAGCCGCUGGACAGCCCGUCCAUGCGCCGAAAGGCGGCGUCGGGAAGCGUGGACCUCCGGCGCCACUUGAACAUGCCGUCGUUGGCCGCGAUCAAGAGCAGCGUCUCAUCGCGUGGCCGCCACGUACCCGACGCGCACGGCCGUGUCGAGAACGUCGACGCGUUCCUCACGGGUCUGUACAACUACUACUACCACGGCGGCGUCGCGUGCUACGUGUGCAAGGAGCUCGUCUCGCUCUUCAACAUUCUCUUCACCGUCUGCCUCUCGACGUUCCUGCUUGGCUGCCUCGACUGGUCGAGCCUCGCCAACUGCAACCAAGACGAGAUCGUCGGGUGCAAGCAGCCGCUCUCGGCCUUUGUAACCUUUGACAUGCGCCGGUCUCUCUUUGCGACCAUCGUGCUCUUCUACUUUCUGCUCUUUCUCAUGUACUGGGUCACGCGGCUCAUGGCGUUUGCCUCGAGCGCACGGGACGCACUCGACAUGCACACGUUCUACACGGAGAAGCUGCGCAUCGAUGCCCGCCAAGUGCAGACGAUGAAGUGGGACGAGGUGCUCGCCCAAGUCCUUGCGCUGCUGCCCGCGCCAAAGGCCCCGAAAUCGCCCCAGCACGCAGCAAGCGAUGCAUACGAGCUGCAGAUCGACCCGCAACUGCUCGCGACGCCGCUCGAUGCGGCCCGGCGCAUCAUGCGCAAGGAAACUACCUUAUCGCUGUCACUGCCGCUGCCAACGUGGUUUCCGACCAUGUCGUCGCACGUGCUCUUCUCGCGCAACAUGGAGUGGAACCUCCAUGUGUGCGUGCUCGACCACCUCUUCGACGCCAGCGGCCACCUCGGGCUCCGCGACGCCAAGGCCUUGGAGAAGCGGCUCGUGACCGUCGGCGUGAUUAACCUUGUGCUCACGCCGUUCCUGCUGCUCUUCCGCGUCAUUCAGUUUUUCCUUCUCUCGACGCAAGAGUGGUAUUUGCACAAGACAUCGUACCUCAGCGCGCGCCGGUGGAGUCCGCUCGCAAUGUGGACCUUCCGCGAGUACAACGAGCUGCCGCAUGUGUUUGACACGCGCAUGGGCCAAGCGUACCCGGCGGCCGAGGCCUACCUGGCGCUCUUCCCCGCGGGCGUCGUGUCGAUUCUCGCGACCGGCGUCUCGUUCUGUGCCGGCUCGAUCAUGGGCGUCCUCGUCGCACUGAGUGUCGUCGAAGAGAGCAUUUUGCUCGAGGUCGAGCUCGGCCAGCGCCAACUGCUGUGGUACCUCACGGUCGCGACCGGCGUAUUUGCGCUCGCACGGACCUUCCACGCAACACCGCGCUUCAUGACGGGCGAGAACUGCGAAGACGCCAUGGCGCGCCUCGCUGCCGAGACGCACUACUCGCCGCCCGAGUGGAAGGGGCACUGCCACACGUAUGCGACGCGCGACGCGCUCCUCACGCUCUUCCCGUACAAGGCCGUGCUCUUCCUCGAAGAGUGCGUCUCGGUGCUUCUGACUCCGUACAUGCUCUGCCUCGCCUUGCCGCCAUUAGCCGACGACAUCGUUGCCUUCUGCCAAGACCACACGACGACGCUAUCGGGCGUCGGUGCGGUCUGUCGGUACGCCGAGUUUGACUUUAAUACGUACGGCGCCGAGCCCAAGAUGGAGAGCUCGUUCCUCAACUUCAAGGCCAACCACCCGUCCUGGAUGGGCCCGGCCGAAGGCGAGCGAUUGGCCGCGGACCUGACGCGGUUCCGCGGCGAGGAAAUGGACAAGUCGCUGCGCAUGGGCGACUCGCUGCUCGAGAGUGCGACGCUGCGCGAGUCCAUGUUCCAGCCCAUGUCGCUCUCGCACCAGCUGCUCCAGUCACAGGCCAUCACCAUGGCCAUGGGCGGCCCGCAGUCGAGCGAGUACUACUGGCUGCAGAAGGUAUUGUUGCACGGAUGGCGCGAAGAAUGA